AUGAGCUCUAUCACACCCGAUGCUAGCAAUUCGAAUUCCAUUCUUCAUCUUUGCUUUGCGUUUUCCACAGACUUUGGCGGUGAAACAACCCACGGAGAUGAAAGUGAGGGGGAAGUCAGCUGGAUCGAAGGUGUGGCCAUCCUCUGCGCCGUAGUUGUGGUGGUUCUUGUUACAGCUACAAACGAUUGGCAAAAAGAGCGGCAAUUUCGUGGAUUACAAGACAAAAUUGAGUCGGAUCAUCGAAUGUCCGUUGUUCGAGAAGGCGAAAUUGUGGAAGUCCUUGUGGGAGAUAUUGUGGUGGGCGAUAUUUGUCUUGUCAAAUACGGUGAUUUGCUUCCUGCUGAUGGUGUGAUUAUCCAAAGCAACGAUCUCAAAGUUGAUGAGAGUUCAUUGACCGGCGAACCGGAUCAUGUGAAGAAAGGCGAUGCCAUUGAUCCUAUGCUUUUGUCUGGUACGCAUGUGAUGGAAGGUUCCGGCAAGAUGGUUGUCACCGCAGUGGGAGUCAAUUCACAAGCUGGAAUUAUUUUCACGUUGCUUGGGGCAACCGAGGGUGACACCACGGCCGUCCCUCCACCACCGACCGAUCUGCAUGNAUGA